GGCCAGUGUGGCUGUCAGAUAGUCUACUUGUGAACCAGAAACUACUAUUAUGACUUUGGGUUGAUGUGUGGUGCUUUGAAGGACAAAUAACUGGGGAGGAAGAAAAAGCAGGGAAAAGCAGGGAAGUCCCAAGAAUCUCCCAUUUUCUUUGCUUUCACAAUCUCUCCCCUCGACCUUCCCUUCUCAGAGAGACGGCCUGUGUUCUGCUGUCUCCUCAGGCCAAAAGAAUGGACCUCCCUGAGAGUUCCAUGUUCUAGGUCACAGGCAUUAUGAUUUGCCCACGAGAGGUCUCUGGAGCUGCUCAGAAGCAUUUCUCUUGAAGAAACAAAACACAUCAUAUAAGGACAAGUCCCAUUUGACCCGAAACCAUGUUUUCCCCGGAGGACAUACUGUUCCUAAAGUACAAAAACGACUCCAUAUAUCAGAUGAGCCACUCCAAAAAGAGGCCGGAGUUGCCCCCUCUGCCAGCUUCAGCGACGGAAGGGCCAUCCGAACUCUACCAGACGGUCAUGACGCACAGCUUCUACCCCCCUUUAAUGCAACGGACAUCCUGGACCCUGGCUGCGCCCUUCAAAGAACAGCAGCAUUUCCGGUGUCCCAGUGACUCCAUCGCCAACAAUUACACCCUAACGGCCCAGGACCUGACGCUGAGAGACAUGAAGACCAUCUACCAACCCAUCACUUUCAGCAUCCCCGGUGGAGCGGCCAGUCAGAGAGCUGCUCCAGAUGUUCCAGCUCAGAAGAAUUUUGCACUCCAGGGCAAGAGGAUCAAACUACCGCCUAAAAGCUGUGGCAUUUUUUUCAGGCUAGACUUACCGGAAUCCUCUGGGAACCAGCCUAUGUCACCAGAGCAACAGCUAACUGUGAUGCUCCAGGGAGAGAAGGAAAGAGCCAAGCAAGAAGAUGAGCCUUCCGAAGAAGACCUAGAGAGAUACUUUUAUUACGUGCAGCAUGGAAUCAAGGAAAGCAUGAUCGCCCCUCAAGGGAAAGAUGUGAUGAACCAAAUCUUAAAGUUUAUUCCAGAUGAGUUGACAAAUAAUCCUAAUUUGGAAAAUCUGUUAAACAGCCUGGUGGAGGAAAAUGAAAGAGAUUAUUACCUCAGCCUCAUGAGAAGCAUUGUGGAUUACAUCCUAAUGGAUCCCGGCGAGAGGCAGCGACUGUUCAUUGGGAACAUCCCGCAGGUGUUUCCUCAGAGAGUCAUUCGGGCCCCGGUCCCGUGGCACAGCACGUACCAAAGAGUGAAGAAGCAGAAUGAAGAAUGUCUGUUUACAGUGAAUCCCAUGAUGCUGAUCCUGCAGAAUCUGUGGUUUGCAGAGUUUAGCCACAUCAGAUUUGUUCGAAUAAAGGAACUGCUCGCCAGCACGCUGCCCAUGCUGCCCUGGGAAUUUUGGAACAUCAUUCAGACUCAGUGUUUAGAAGCUCGUGGUAUUCUGCUGGAAAAGUGGAUCCCCUCUUGUGUCUCUCUUUUUGCCUCUCAGAAGGACCAAUGGAUCUACUUGACUCCCCAGAGUGACUAUGAUUCGUGUCAAAGCAUCGAGGAGUUCUUUGCUUCCGUGGCCAUUUUCAUGUCUCUGCAGCUCCGGGAGAUGGUCAUUAACUCUCUGAAAGACUUCGUCUCAUUUUUUAUGAUACACAAGGAUGGGAAUGACUUUGAGGAGCCCUAUCAAGAAAUGCAGUUCUUCAUCCCUCAGAUCUUGGUCAUUAAACUCCGAGUGGAAGAAUUCAAAAUUGCCUUUGAUCCACCUUUCAGCGAGUGCUGGGACCUUUUAUACAACUGUUUCAUGGAGAUUAUUAAGAGCUCUCAGGGGAUCCCCAAGGUAGAAUCCCGCCUCUUCCCAGAACUCCAAGGAGAUAACUUUACCCUCAGUACAGUCCAACCUGAUGAAUCUUUGGUACUGGAUAUGUUGAAACAAGUAUUAGAAGUAUUCACUAAGAAUCAAGUUGGCCCCCAAAAAUACUUAAACGUGUAUAAAAAAUUUAACAAUCUGCUGGAUAACACAGCAGAACAGAAUAUCGGAUCUUUUCUGGAACAGAGCCAUGACCUUGAUGAUUUUGUAAUGAAGAUCAACAACUUGAAAAAUCUGAAGAAAGAAAUUGCAUCCUUGCACAUCACCGUACCCCUGGCCAUAUUCUGCCUCAAUGCCUUAAAACUGAAUGAAGACCUCUGCUAUCAGACCCAAAGACUCAGAGACAGGGUAAUCCAGUUCCAAGUGGAUGAGAACAGAGAAUUAAAUUCCAGCAUCUGUAAUCAGUACAACAUAAUUGCAGACAAAGUCACUGAGGUGCCUACCAGCACUGAGGAGCUGGUGUCUCUCACUGCAUAUUUGAGGAAGGCCAGUGAUGUCACCGUGUUCCAGCUCAGGAAGCAAAUUUCAGCUGCAGCCUACCGGUUGGAGUUCCUCAUGGACUACGCUGAUCUUUCUCAAGAGGAUAUAAAGCUGAACAGCACCGUGUUCCUCUGGCCAGACCAGAUUGAAGUCGUCUUCGAAACCAGCAGAACCCAGUUGUUCAAUAAGAGGGAGCAGGCCGAGACGGCCCUAAUUAAAAGGUGCUCUGAGUUUGAAGGAAAGUUAGAAAACUACCACAAAGAAGUGGAAAGCUUUAAAAAGCGGGAUGUUAUGAACAUGGAAGAAAUAAAGAAUAAUGUUGAGAAAUUCAGCGAGCUGACAAAGAAUCUGGAUAUCGCCCUGGUGGAAUUUGAGGCAAUUAAUAAAGAAGAAGAGCUACUGGAAAGGGAGAAAAGCCAGUUCCCUCUUCUACAGAUGAUAAUAACCAACAAGUUGCCCUAUGAACAGCUGUGGAUGACCGCCUACCACUUCUACAUCAAAUCAGAGACCUGGAUGAGUGGACCUCUUCAGGACCUGAAUGCUGAUGAGAUCAGUGAAGAUAUUGGGAACAUGUGGAGGACAGUGUACAAACUGACCAAAGUUCUUACGGACGUUCCUGGGCCCCGGCGUUUAGCAGAGAACUUGAAAAUCAAGAUUGACAAAUUCAAACAACACAUCCCCAUCCUCUCCAUUUCCUGCAACAAGGGCAUGAAGGAGCGGCAUUGGCAACAGAUCAGUGAGAUCGUGGGCUAUGAAAUAAAGCUUGAUGAAAAUACUUGUCUCUUGAGUAUGUUGGAAUAUGGAUUAUACAAAUUCAUUGAAAAACUUGAGCCUAUUGGAGCAGCAGCCAGUAAAGAAUAUUCCCUGGAGAAAAGCCUGGAUAAAAUGAAAUCUGAGUGGGUAAACUUGGCCUUCUGCUUUGUUAAAUACAGAGACACGGACACGAGCAUCCUGUCUGCAAUUGAUGACAUCCAGGUCCUGCUUGAUGACCACAUUGUUAAGACACAGACUAUGUGUGGGUCCCCAUUCGUCAAACCAAUAGAAGCAGAGUGCAGGAAAUGGGAAGAAAAGCUCAUUGAGAUGCAGGAUAUCUUGGAUGCCUGGCUGAAGUGCCAGGCUACUUGGCUGUACCUGGAACCCAUCUUCAGCUCCGAGGACAUUAUAGCACAAAUGCCCGAAGAGGGCAGGAAAUUUGGAAUCGUGGACAGUUACUGGAAGAAUAUCAUGACUCAAGCGGUAAAGGACACCAGAGUGCUUGUAGCUACUGAACAGUCACGGAUGCUGGAGAAACUCCAUGAAGCCAAUUUUCUGUUGGAAGAAAUCCAGAAGGGGCUGAAUGAUUACUUGGAGAAGAAAAGAUUGUUCUUCCCAAGGUUCUUUUUCUUGUCGAACGACGAGCUGCUGGAGAUUUUGUCAGAAACCAAGGACCCUCUCCGCGUCCAGCCUCACUUAAAGAAGUGCUUCGAGGGCAUCGCCAAGCUCGAGUUCACAAAUGAGCUGGAAAUUGUGGGCAUGAUCAGCUCUGAGAAGGAAAUGGUUCCUUUCACCAACAAAAUCUACCCUGCUGAAGCUAAAGGUAUGGUGGAGAAGUGGCUUUUGCAAGUGGAGCAGAUGAUGCUUGAAAGCAUUCGGCAUGUGAUUAAACUUGGGAUUGAAGAUUAUGCCAAGGUUCCUAGGAAAGAGUGGGUUUUGCAGUGGCCUGGACAAGUGGUUAUCUGUGUCUCAUCCAUCUACUGGACCCAGGAAGUGGCUGAAGCAGUUACAGCAAAGACUUUACCAGCAUUCUUGGAGAAGAACAACCUGCAGAUCGCGGAGAUUGUUGAGCUGGUGCGGGGAAAGCUGUCCAGCGGUGCUCGGCUCACCCUCGGCGCCCUCACUGUCAUCGACGUACACGCUCGUGAUGUGGUAGCCAAAUUGGCCCAGGACCAAGUCUCCGACCUGAGUGACUUCCAGUGGAUUUCACAGCUGCGCUACAGCUGGGAGAAGGACGGGGUGGUGGUGCGGAUGAUCACCACGGAGGCCCUGUAUGGCUACGAGUACCUGGGCAACUCCCCCCGGCUAGUGAUCACCCCCCUCACAGACCGCUGCUACAGAACGUUAAUGGGUGCCCUGAAACUGAACCUCGGGGGUGCCCCGGAGGGCCCUGCAGGGACAGGCAAGACCGAAACAACCAAAGAUCUAGCCAAAGCUCUGGCUAAACAGUGCGUUGUCUUCAAUUGCUCUGAUGGAUUGGAUUACAAAGCCAUGGGAAAGUUCUUCAAAGGGCUGGCCCAGUCUGGAGCGUGGUCCUGCUUUGAUGAAUUCAAUAGGAUUGAGGUGGAGGUGCUGUCAGUGGUUGCCCAGCAGAUUCUCAGCAUCCAGCAGGCCAUCAUCCGAAAGUUGAAAACCUUCAUCUUUGAAGGGACUGAGAUCUCUCUGAAUCCAACCUGCUCGGUCUUCAUCACUAUGAAUCCUGGGUAUGCAGGACGAGCAGAGCUUCCGGAUAAUCUGAAGGCUUUGUUCCGAACUGUUGCCAUGAUGGUGCCGGAUUAUGCUUUGAUCGGUGAAAUCUCCCUGUAUUCCAUGGGCUUUCUUGACUCUAGAAGUCUUGCCCAGAAAAUUGUUGCCACUUACCGCCUGUGCUCUGAGCAGUUAUCCUCCCAGCAUCACUAUGACUACGGCAUGCGAGCGGUGAAGUCGGUCCUCACGGCAGCCGGGAACCUAAAGCUGAAGUAUCCGGCUGAAGAUGAAAGCGUCCUGUUGCUGCGUGCCCUGCUGGACAUCAACCUGGCCAAAUUCUUGGCCCAAGAUGUACCUCUGUUUCAGGGAAUCAUCUCGGACUUGUUUCCCGGUGUCAUCCUCCCUAAACCAGACUAUGAGCUUCUAAUCCAGUCGCUAAAUAAAAUUAUUGAAAAGAGGAAACUCCAACCAGUUCCGUGGUUUAUUGAAAAAAUUAUCCAGAUUUAUGAGAUGAUGCUCGUGCGUCACGGCUUCAUGAUCGUUGGAGACCCCAUGGGCGGGAAGACCUCUGCCUACAAAGUGCUGGCGGGAGCUCUAGGCGAUUUGUUCGCAGCCAACUCGAUGGAAGAGUUUGCUGUUGAAUAUAAAAUCAUUAAUCCCAAGGCCAUCAGCAUGGGUCAGUUAUAUGGGUGCUUUGACCCAGUCAGCCAUGAGUGGACAGACGGGGUUCUGGCAACCUCUUUUAGAGAGCAAGCGGCUUCUCUCACCGAAGAGCGAAAGUGGAUUAUAUUUGACGGGCCGGUGGAUGCGGUUUGGAUCGAGAACAUGAACACUGUGCUGGAUGACAAUAAGAAGCUGUGUUUAAUGAGUGGAGAAAUCAUUCAGAUGAACAACAAGAUGAGCCUGAUCUUUGAGCCAGCUGACCUGGAGCAGGCAUCGCCAGCCACCGUCAGCAGGUGUGGGAUGAUCUACAUGGAGGCCCAUCAGCUAGGCUGGCAGCCCCUGAAGGACUCAUAUAUGGACACCUUGCCCAACACCCUUUCAAAUGAACACCGAGAACUGGUGAAAGACAUGUUCAAUUGGCUCAUUCAGCCCUGCUUGGAUUUCAUCCGGCUGAAGUGUAAAUGUGUGGUGUCCACAUCUCCUGUCCACCUGGCCUUCUCCAUGACGAGACUGUACACCUGCCUGUUGGAUGAAAUCAAGAAUGCCGGGGAAAAUGAAGAGGAGUCCUUGACGAACCAGCAGAUCUUCCUCUGGCUUCAGGGAUUGUUCCUCUUUGCUGUGGUGUGGACGGUGGGCGGCACCAUCAAUAGCGACAGCAGAAAGAAGUUUGAUGUAUUUUUCCGCAAUCUGUUGUUGGGCAUGGAUGAUUCCAACCCCAGGCCCAAAAGCGUCAAACUCACCAAGAAUAACAUAUUUCCGGAAAGAGGGAGUGUCUACGAUUUCUAUUUCUUAAAGCAUAGCAGUGGGCAGUGGAACACUUGGACUGAUUACAUCACCAAAGAAGAGGAGACCAUUCCUCCUGGAACAAAAGUCUCAGAACUCAUCAUUCCCACCAUGGAGACAGCUCGGCAAACCUUCUUCCUGAAUGUCUACUUGAAGCACGAGGUCCCAGCACUGUUUGUGGGGCCCACGGGCACCGGGAAGUCUGCCAUCACCAACAACUUCCUGUUCCACCUCCCCAAAGCGAAGUACAUGCCCAACUGCAUCAACUUCUCUGCUAGGACAUCGGCCAAUCAGACUCAGGAUAUCAUCAUGUCUAAGCUGGACCGGCGGCGGAAAGGCCUGUUUGGACCUCCUGUGGGGAAAAAGGCGGUGGUGUUUGUUGAUGACCUUAACAUGCCAGCCAAGGAAAUAUAUGGGGCCCAGCCACCUAUUGAACUUCUGAGGCAGUGGAUUGACCACGGUCACUGGUAUGACAAGAAGGAUACAUCUAGACUGGACGUUAUUGAUCUGUUGCUUGUUUCAGCCAUGGGGCCUCCCGGUGGAGGGAGAAACCACAUUACAGGACGGUUCACCCGCCAUCUGAAUAUCAUUUCCAUCAAUGCCUUUGAAGAUGAGAUUUUGAGCAAGAUUUUCAGUUCCGUGGUCAACUGGCACUUUGGGAAAGGCUUUGAUGUGAUGUUUCUGAGGUUUGGCAAGAUGUUGGUCCAAGCAACGAUGACUAUUUAUAAAACUGCGGUGGAGAACUUCCUUCCAACUCCCUCCAAAUCCCAUUAUGUCUUCAAUCUUCGGGAUUUCUCUCGUGUUAUCCAAGGCGUGCUGCUGUGCCCACACACCCACUUACAGGAUGGAGAAAAGCUGAUCCGCCUUUGGAUCCAUGAAGUUUAUCGCGUCUUCUAUGAUCGCUUGAUAGACAGUGAAGACAGGCAGGUGUUCUUUAGCAUGGUGAAGGAGACCACCUUCAAUUGCUUCAAAAAAAAUGUUGAGAAGGUCCUGGGCCAUUUGUCCCACUCUGGAAAGAUCGAGGACGACAACAUCCGCAGCCUCUUCUUCGGAGAUUUUGUCAAGCCCGAAAGCGACCUCAAGGUCUACGACGAGAUCACGGAUCUGACGCAGCUCACCACCGUCAUGGAGUAUUACCUCGAAGAGUUCAACAACAUCAGCAAGGCCCCCAUGUCUCUGGUUAUGUUCCAGUUUGCCAUCGAGCACAUCUCCCGGAUCUGCAGGGUCCUGAAGCAGGACAGCGGACACCUGCUGCUGGUGGGCAUAGGAGGGAGCGGCAGGCAGAGUGCCAGCAAGCUGGCCACCUUCAUCAACUCCCAUGAACUGUUUCAGAUCGAGAUCACCAAGAACUACACCAAAAACGACUGGCGGGAGGAUGUGAAGAAGAUCAUGCUGCAGGCCGGGGUGGCCAGCAAGAGCAUGGUCUUCCUGUUCUCGGACAAUCAGAUCAAGGAUGAGGCCUUCGUAGAGGAUAUCAACAUGCUCCUGAACACGGGCGACGUGCCCAACAUCUUCCUGGCCGAGGAGAAGGCUGACAUCGUGGAGAAGAUGCAGUCGGCAGCCAGGACGGAGGGAAGAAAGAUUGAAGCCACGCCCCUUUCUAUGUACAACUUCUUUAUUGAGAGGGUGAAAAAAAAUCUCCACAUUGUUUUAGCCAUGAGCCCCAUUGGGGAUGCCUUCCGGAACCGCUUGAGAAUGUUCCCUUCCCUGAUCAAUUGCUGCACCAUCGAUUGGUUCCAGACUUGGCCCACGGAUGCCCUGGAGAUGGUGGCCCACAAGUUUUUAGAAGACGUGGAGCUCGAAGAUGAAAUCCGGAAAGAGGUUGUGUCGAUGUGCAAGUAUUUCCAGGAAAGUGUGAGAUGCCUGUCGGAGGACUAUUUCAGUACGCUACGAAGACACAACUACGUCACCCCAACUUCUUACCUUGAGCUGAUUCUGACCUUUAAGACUUUACUGAGCAGCAAAAGACAAGAGGUUGAUACGAUGAGAAACCGCUACCUUGUGGGGCUUCAGAAACUUGAUUUUGCAUCUUCACAAGUGGUGGUAAUGCAAAAAGAGCUAACUGCCCUUCAGCCUGAACUGAUUCAAACUUCUGAAGAGACGGAAAAGAUGAUGGUGAAAAUAGAGGAAGAGACCGUUGAAGCGGAUGCUAAAAAGGCCCUGGUAUCGGCAGAUGAGAAGGAGGCCAACGCGGCCGCGGCGGUCUCUCAGGGAAUCAAGGAUGAAUGCGAAGGAGACCUGGCCGAGGCCAUGCCCGCCCUAGAGGCUGCCCUGGCGGCGCUUGACACCCUGAACCCCUCGGACAUCACGCUCGUCAAGUCGAUGCAGAAUCCCCCGGGUCCCGUCAAGCUCAUCAUGGAGAGUAUCUGUGUCAUGAAAGGAAUGAAGCCGGAAAGGAAGCCGGACCCAAGUGGCAGCGGUAAGAUGAUAGAGGAUUAUUGGGGAACGUCCAGGAAGAUCCUCGGAGAUCUGAAAUUCCUGGACAGCUUGAAGACGUACGACAAAGACAAUAUUCCCGUGGCGGUGAUGAAGAGGAUCCGGGAAAGGUUCAUCGACCAUCCGGACUUCCAGCCGGCGGUCAUCAAAAACGUUUCGUCAGCCUGCGAGGGCCUGUGCAAGUGGGUGAGGGCCAUGGAGGUGUACGACCGAGUGGCCAAAGUGGUGGCCCCCAAGCGGGAGAGGCUGAGGGAGGCGGAGGGGAAGCUCGAGGUGCAGAUGCAGAAGCUGAACCUGAAGCGGGCGGAGCUGAAGCUGGUGGAGGAUCGCCUCCAGAUGCUCAACGAGGAGUUCGAAGACAUGAACCAGAGGAAGAGGGAAUUAGAGGACAACAUCGAACUCUGCUCCCAGAAGUUGAUCCGGGCCGAGAAGCUCAUCAGCGGCCUGGGAGGGGAGAAGGACAGGUGGACGGAAGCCGCCCGGCUCCUGGGAAUCCGCUACAUCAACCUGACGGGGGAUGUGUUGCUGUCCUCGGGCACCGUGGCUUACUUGGGAGCCUUUACGGUGGACUACCGUCACCGGUGCCAGAGCGAGUGGCUGGAACUCUGCAAGAAGAAGGCGAUCCCGGGGUCGGACGACUUCAGCCUAAGUAACACCCUGGGGGACCCGGUCAAGAUUCGGGCCUGGCAGAUUGCCGGCCUGCCCAUCGACUCUUUUUCCAGCGACAACGGUAUCAUCGUCUCUAACUCCCGGAGGUGGGCUUUAAUGAUCGACCCCCAGGGGCAGGCCAACAAGUGGGUGAAAAACAUGGAGAGAGCCAACAAGCUGUCCGUCAUCAAGCUCACCGACGCCAAUUACGUGAGGACGCUGGAGCACGCUCUGCAGUUCGGCACGCCGGUCCUCCUGGAGAACAUCGGCGAGGAACUGGAUGCCUUCAUCGAGCCCAUCUUACUCAAGCAGACCUUUAAGCAGCAAGGAGUAGAGUACAUGAGACUGGGAGAGAACAUUAUCGAGUACUCGCGCGACUUCAAACUCUACAUCACGACCCGUCUGAGGAAUCCUCAUUACCUCCCCGAGGUAGCCGUGAAAGUCUGCCUUCUCAACUUCAUGAUCACACCGCUGGGUCUCCAAGACCAGCUGCUCGGCAUCGUGGCCGCCAAGGAAAAGCCCGAUUUGGAAGAGAAGAAGAACCAGUUGAUUAUCGAGAGCGCCGCCAACAAGAAACAGCUGAAAGAAAUCGAAGAUAAGAUCCUGGAGGUCCUCUCCAAAUCGCAAGGCAACAUUCUCGAAGACGAGACCGCCAUCAAGAUCUUGUCUUCUUCCAAAAUGCUGUCCGAAGUGAUCUCGGAAAAGCAAAAAAUAGCUUCCAUGACCGAGGUGGAGAUAGAUGCGACGCGAUUGGGCUACAAGCCGGUGGCCAUUCAUUCCUCCACCAUCUUCUUUUGCAUUUCUGAUCUGGCCAACAUUGAGCCGAUGUACCAGUAUUCCCUGAUGUGGUUCAUCAACCUGUACGUGCACUCCCUGGCCCACAGUCGGAAGAGCGAGGACCUGCAGGAGCGGAUCGAGUCCAUCAUUGACCACUUUACGGUGAGCAUCUAUAAUAACGUCUGCCGCUCCCUCUUUGAGAAGGACAAGCUGCUCUUCUCCCUCCUCUUGACGGUGGGGAUCAUGAAAGGGAAGGGGGAGAUUGAUGACGAGGUGUGGCGGUUUCUGCUGACCGGAGGGGUAGCUCUGGAAAACCCCCACCCCAACCCAGCCCCAGAGUGGCUGUCUGACAAAUCCUGGGCCGAGAUCGUGCGGGCCUCUGACCUGACCAACCUGCGGGGGCUGAGGGAACACGUCCAAGACAACGUUGCUCCCUGGAAAAAGAUCUACGACUCGGCCCGGCCCCACGAGAUGACGUUUCCCGGCGUGUGGAAGGCCCUGCAGGGGCUAGAUCGGCUGACCGUUCUCAGGUGUUUUCGCCCGGACAAGAUCGUUCCAGCCACCCAGGACUUCAUUGUGGACAACAUGGGAAGGACUUACAUUGAACCACCCACAUUUGACCUGCAGGGAUCCUACGACGACUCGACCUGCUGCGCGCCGCUGAUCUUCAUCUUAUCUCCAGGCGCCGACCCCAUGGCAGGGUUGUUAAAGUUUGCUGAAGACCUGGACAUGGGAGGUACCAAAAUUCAGACCAUCUCCCUCGGCCAGGGCCAAGGUCCCAUUGCCGCCCAAAUGAUCAGCACUGCGAUUGUCCAAGGAACGUGGGUCGUCUUGCAGAACUGCCACCUGGCCACCAGCUGGAUGCCAACUUUGGAGAAGAUUUGUGAGGAAGUGAUCAUCCCUGAACAAACCAACCAGGACUUCAGGUUAUGGCUAACGAGUUACCCGUCAGAAAAGUUUCCGGUCAGCAUCCUCCAGAAUGGAAUCAAAAUGACCAAUGAACCGCCUAAAGGGGUUCGGGCAAACCUUCUCCGCUCCUAUCUCAAUGACCCCAUCUCAGACCCCGUUUUCUUCGGGGGUUGUGGAAAGCCAAAGAUGUGGCAAAAGUUGUUAUUUGGCCUUUGCUUCUUCCAUGCUAUUGUUCAAGAAAGGAGGAACUUUGGACCCCUGGGAUGGAACAUCCCCUAUGAAUUCAACGAGUCUGACCUGAGGAUCAGCAUGCGGCAGAUCCAGAUGUUCCUGAAUGAAUAUGACGAGGUGCCGUUUGAAGCCCUGACCUACCUAACAGGUGAAUGUAAUUAUGGUGGGAGAGUGACAGAUGACAAAGACAGGCGUCUCCUUCUAUCGCUGCUUUCCAUCAUUUACAAUAAGGAUAUCGAAAAGGAUAAGUACGUUAUCGCUCCAGGAGAGGUCUACUACAUCCCUCUUCACGGCCCCUACCAGUCCUAUAUAGAGUAUAUCCGGGGCCUUCCCAUCACGACCCAUCCGGAAGUUUUCGGGCUCCACGAGAAUGCGGACAUCACGAAGGAUAACCAGGAAACCAACCAGUUAUUUAAUGGAGUGUUGUCAACUCUGCCCAGGCAAGCUGGAGGAGGGGGCAGAUCUCCUCAGGAAGUGGUUGAAGACCUGGCAGGGGACAUCCUAUCCAAGUUACCAAAGGACUUUGAUCUGGAGCUGAUCAUGAAGGUGUAUCCUGUGCUCUACAAAGAGUCCAUGAACACUGUUCUCAGACAGGAGCUGAUCAGAUUCAAUAGGCUGACGGAAGUGGUGCGGAAUAGCCUCGUCAACCUCGGGAAGGCCAUCAAAGGUCAAGUUCUCAUGUCUGCCGAGCUGGAGGAUGUCUUCAACAGCAUGUUGGUGGGGAAGGUGCCAGCCAUGUGGGCCGCUAAGUCUUACCCCUCCCUGAAACCACUGGGUGGCUACGUGGCCGACCUCCUCGCCCGGCUAGCCUUCUUCCAGGACUGGAUCAAUAAUGGGUCCCCCAACGUGUUUUGGAUCUCGGGAUUCUAUUUCACUCAGUCCUUCUUGACAGGGAUUUCCCAGAAUUUUGCUAGGAAGUACACAAUCCCCAUCGACCAUAUUGGAUUUGAAUUUGAGGUGACCCAUCAGGAAUCGUCAAUGGAAACGCCCCCAGAAGACGGGGCCUUUGUAAAGGGUCUUUUCUUGGAAGGAGCCCGGUGGGAUAGGCAGAUGAUGUCGAUCGGAGAGUCCCACCCCAAGAUCCUCUAUGAUCCUCUGCCCGUCAUUUGGCUGAAGCCUGGAGAAAGUUCCAAGUUCCUGCACGAGAGCGUUUACCUCUGUCCCGUCUACAAAACCAGCGCCCGGAGAGGGACGCUUUCCACCACGGGCCACUCCACCAACUACGUCCUCUCCAUCGAGCUCCCUACAGACCUGCCCGAGAAGCACUGGAUCAUCCGGGGGGUGGCGGCUCUCUGCCAGUUGGAUGACUGAAGGCGUCUCUCCCACCACCGAGGGAGGGGAAAAAAAGAAAAUAAAAGUGGAGUCUCUGAGA